CGCGGGAAGGACUACAAAUCCCAGAGUGCAUCGGGAGUCGGGCUCGCGGCGCGUGCGCAGAAUGCGGUCCGCUAAAGCCGCGGGCCGGUUUGAAGCGGGGAAGGAGCUCCAUGGAAACGGGGCCGCGAAGUGUCAGCGAGCGCGGUAACGGCCGGGUGCGGGGCAGCUAUGGCCAGGCCGCCCAUCGCCCCCAUGAGCGUCAGUGCCACGGCGCCCGAAGCCUUCGCCGUGCUCCAGCAGAGGAUGAGCGUGGUUGAAGAACAGACCAGCGCGCUGGCGAGAGACCUGGAGCUGCUCGGCGUGAACGGACAGAGCCUUGAUCUCUUCCAUUCAAAGCCCUUAGAGACACCUGGGAGCCACCAGCCUGUUAGCCCUGUUCGGGCCAGGGUAGCGUUUGUAGGUGAAAGUGACAUGCUAUGGAAGAACUGUAACUCUCUAGUGAAUCGAAUGUGCCGGCUGGAGAGUGUUGUGCAGACCUUGAAGCUAAACCUCUUCCGGUUGCAGACGGAAAAGGAGCUGAAUCCCAAGCAUGCAGCCCAUCUGGAACAGCGUAUGAACGCAAUGCAGGAGGAACACUUGCAGGAACUGAAGGUUGUACAGCUCGAGGCAAUGAAGUUGCGCCAACAGCUAAGUGAGGCAAAAGAAGAUGUAGAAAAGGCACAGGAAGAAGUUCAAAGAUUAAGUGCUGCUUUGGAAAUUGCCACAGCAACCAAGACAAAUGUAGCCAUUGCAGCAGAGGAGCUGAGGACAACAAAACACAUAAUGAACCAUAGACUUCAGGAGCUAAGGGAGCAGCUUUCCCAAGAGGCAAGCCUGCGGGAGUCUUUGGAGGAAUCCCAAGCGACCAUGCUGAGACGUGUGCAGGAUAUGGAGAUAACAGUAGAGGCAGAACGGGAACAGGUACAGGUACUGCAGCAGGACUGCCAUGGCCUGCACAAGGAUAUCCAGCUUGCCCGAGAGAGGUUACAGAAGGAGGAGGAGAGAACUGCACAACUGGGGCAGGAGUGUACACAGCUGAAAGCUGACCUGGAUUCCAGAAACUGCAUCAUUUCCCAGCUCAGUGAGGAAGCAAAAAAUGCACAGCUGUCUUUCAGCAAAGAACAUGAGGAAAAUGUGCAACUGCGAUCUGAAAUAACAGCUCUGCGAGAGACAGCAGAGAAAGUACAGAUCAUUAAUGACCAGUUGAACCAACAAUGCUCAGAACUGAGUGCUACACUUCGAAGCAUUUCCAUGGAGAAUGCUAAACUCAUUUCAGAUCAUCAGGCCAUGCUUAAGGCAGAACAGGAGAGGAUGACUCAGAAACUGCUGGAACAAGACUUGCUGCUGGAUGCUGCCCGUGCCAACAUUAUAGGAGAGCUGCAAAGCAUGCAGAACGAAAAAGCCCAACUUCAAAAAGAGCUGGAGGCCUUGCACACGGAGCAUGCUGGCUGCAGACAAAAAGCAUGCCUAGCUGAGGAGAUGACAACCACACAGAAGGUGCUCUUGGAGUCUACUAUUGCUAGACUUAGAGGUGAACUGGAGACAGCACUGAAAGAGAGAGGAUCUCUACUGAUGGAGAAGGAGAGUCUUCAGCAAGAAAUGAAGAAAACAGCAAGUGAUGUAACACAGGAGAGGAACAAACUGGAAGUGGAACUAACUGGGAACAAGGUACUACCAAAAAUGGGUGCUAUGAGAUCCACGCUGCAGAAUCUGGAGAAGGAGAACAAGAGGCUAAUGGAUCGCUUGGUGGCACUGGAACACCAGCAGUAUGCUCAACAGCAGGUCGAACAGGUUCUAGCAGAGCUGACUGACAGUAAGAAUAAACUGGCCUACGACAAAGGAAAGCUUCAGACCAAAGUACAGCAGCUGGAGGAAGAACUGCAAUCUCUUGCAGAUGCACAUUCAGAGAAUAGCCACCUUCGCAAGCUGAAUACAGCCUUGGAGACCAAAUAUACUCAGGUGAAUGUAGAAUUUGGCUCUGUCAAGAUUAACAUGCAAAGGAUGGAAGCUCAGCUGAAGCAGGCACAGACCACCCUUGAACAGAAAGAAGAAGAAUUUUCUAUUGCAAUCAAGUCCCGUGAUGAGGCAUUGCGAGAGAGUCAGAAAAUUAAGGGGCACAUGGAAGCCAUGGAAGAGAGGGAGAAGCAAAAGAUGGCAACCUUAAAGCGCCAGCUAGAGGAGGCAAAGGAGGAUAACGACAAGGUGACAGCUGUGCUGGAGAAUGUGCUGGCUUCUCACAGCAGGAUGCAGGCAGCUCUGGAGAAGGUGCAAACUGAGCUGGGGCGCAAGGAUUCUGAGAUCACAGGGCUCAGAAAAGACAGGACCCAGAACCAACAAAAAAUCCAGAGGUUAGAGGUAGAAUUGGAACAGUACCAGGCCAAACUGGUUGUCAUAGAAACUCAGCACAAUAGUCAGGUGGAUCCACUUUGUAAAGCACUAGAAGUCGCUAGAGCAGACAACAAGAAACUUGCUUUGAGUUUGGAACAAGCUCUGCAAGCCAAUAGUACCCUGCAGAGCAAGCUGAUACAUACUCAGGAAGAACUGGACAGGAAAGAAAUUGAGCAUCAGCAAUUGAUGGCCUGCAGGGAGCAGCUAAUUGAAGAAGCCACAAUGGAAGAAAGGCUGUAUUCUGAACGCUUGGAGUCCUUGAAGAAGCAGUUUCAGAUGGAGCGAGAGGCUAUGAGGAAAGCAGGUCACAGGGAAUCUGCUGAGCUGAAGAAGGCCCUUGAAGAGGCUUCUGCCAAAUCUGCUGAAGUGUCCCGGGCUAACAGGGAGCUGCGGCAGAAAAUAAUGGAGUUGGAAAAGUCCCUGGUCAGUUACAAGGGGAAGCUAAAGAGCCAAAGAGCUCAAAUCAGACACUACUUGGCUUCCAAGGCUAACAACAUCCAGAACACAGAGAGGAUAAAGGAGAUUGAAUCUGAGCUGAGGCAAAUGGAGCUGAUCAAGGAGCAGUAUCAGAAGAAAAAUUAUGAGCAGUCACAGAGCAUCCAGAAAUUCGUGACAGAGUUAACAAGUCUUCAGAGUGAGAUGCAGACCUUGGCCAAAAACCAGCACGAAGUGGCAACACGGAACAGGCAGCUGGAGACCCAGCUGGAAAUGGAGCAGAAAGUGCGGCAGCACCUAGAGAACCAGUGUCAGAAGCUAGACGAUACAGUCAAACACUUAAAGAAAUGCAAAGAGGAAACUGAGCAGAAACUGAAAGAAGCCAGCGUAGAAUCGGAACAGAUCACAGCUAACCUGGAGGAAGCUCACCACUGGUUCAAAUCUAAGUUUGACAGCCUGCAGCUCGAGCUAGUGAAAAACAAACAGCAGAAUAUCCCUAGUGAAAGGAACUAUGGCAAGGAGAUGGAGAAGGAAAAAGCUGUGAAACUCCCUAGCCAAGCCUCCCUGAAUCGCUGGGAGACUAAACAGCAGCUCAAACUCAUCUCCAGGAAGUACCAAUCAGAGCUAGACAGGAAGUGAUGUCAGCUAACCCAGGCAAUUCCAGGCUGCCAUACCACUCUGCAGCUGUGAACACCACAGUUCAGACCAGUUCUUCACAUGCUGGAAGAUGAGCCCUAAGGCUGAAGUAUUUUGAUCUAUAAGCAUCUGCAUAUUUCAGAAGAUUUUUAAGUGGGUAUAAGCAGAGGUCCUGUAUGAACUGGGUCUGCUCUGUAUCAGUGAGGAUGACCCUUCAAAUAAAAUGCACAUUGACUGGCUGGCUGAUAGACAGGUGAGACUCAAUAGCUAAGCUGAACUGGAGUACACAGUUUAAAUUAAUAUUCCAAAACCUGCCUGCACUGGUCUGACACAUACUAGAAUGCAUCAUUUUGUGAAGCAGAUGUCCAUUUCCCCCAUCCUAACAUGGUCUUUGAGUGUGACUAAUUUGUGUAAAUGCUUCAUCAUGGAACCAUAAUUUAUAACAAAGAAAUUAUUCCUCUCUCUACAGCUCCCUAUACAAAUAAGUUUAUGUUCUGGAUCUUUGUCUCCAGUCACAUCUCUCAUUUGUGUUUUAGCAGUGCAAGAGGAGGGUAGUGGGUUGGAAUGAGCCCUGCAAAGUGAGGAGGCAUCAUUAUUAUUGAGAGCUCAGAUUGCUGUGCAGGGAUUCUGCCUAUCCAGAGGAUGGUCAACUGGAUUCCUAGGCUGGUGAUGGUAAACUUGCUGAAACAGGACAGUUGUCCACUGUUGGAUACUGAUGGUUGCCUGACCAGUACAGGGAGAAUCCCUUCUUAGCUGAUGAGUAGUAGCAGUAAAAGGAGCCCUGGGCCUGGGCACAGAGAGGAGGACUGUGUCCUUGGGCAAUUGCAGGAGCCCUGUCUUUGUGCAAGGCUCCAUUGCUAGAAGGUGCGAGAGGCUGCCCGGUAGAACACCUUGCACCAUUGGUACCCAAUGUCAUUAAUAGAGUUGGUUAAUUCUGCCCCACCAUGCAACAAGCUACCCAAAGGGCAGGAGAUGUCCAGAGCAGGGGGUUAAGACUUUAACUACCAUUCCCUUAUGCUAUAGAAACAGACAAUUUUCAUCCAUUGUUCAAUUAAUGAGCAGCUCAGAGUCCCUCCUUAAAACUCCGUCUGCCUCGGCUUACAGUGUAACCCAGCUACAUCAGAUGUGCUGUUACACACCUAAUUUUAAUUUAAUAAUUGCAGCGCUGUUUCUUAAGCGUCCUCCAGUUGUCUGAUCCAUUUGUUUCUGUGGAGCUAGUUUGAAGCUCUGUGGGGCAGAAGCCAUCCCUUCUGCUGUGGUGUGUACAGGACCAAGCAUAUUGCUGGGACUCGGCAAAUAAUCAUUCCACCCAUUUUAUAUACCUACCUUUGUAGCAUAAUUAGGUUUAUAUGACAACAGCCUGAACCAUUGUUUUAGGCCUGGUCCUGCUCCUAUUGUUCUCAAUGGGUAUUUUGCCAUUGACAUCAGUGAAAACAGGCUCAGACCCUUAGUGAUUAAGCACCUGAUUGGAAGCCCAUUAAAGCUAAUAGGUACCUUUCAUUAACUUCAGGAGCCUUUGACUCAAGCCCUAAAUCCUAAUGUUGCUGAAAUUCCUAAGCAGCAGACGCCUUCAAUACAACCUUAUGUUCCUCCUCCCAACGGCGAGCUGAGUUUCUACAUACCAUAUCACUUCGGAGUGGCGGGGUUAAAAUGAGCCUAGGUGUAGGAUUCCGUCCUAGAGCCCUGUUCUCCUCUCAGGUCAGUGUCAGUAGUGUAGUCGAACUCUGCCAACUUUAGCACCAAGCUGUAGGCAGAGCCUAAAACCCACCUAGCGUGGCACUGGCUACCUUAGCUCACACUGCAUCUAUUUGAUCUAGUUAAGCUAUGUGGCUAACUGUUAAUGACAACACACCCUUCGUCUAGAAAGAGAUGCUCUGAGGUAUGGUCCAGGGGCAGGGGAAGACAGCUCCAUAUGCUACCGUCCAGUUUCCUUUCUUAGGAGUUGUUGCUACCAAGGAGCCACUGUUUUAGUGAUUAGUGGGCAUGGAUUCCUUCUUUCAUCAGGCCCUCUUCACAGAUACAGGGCAUUAGAGUGCUGUAUGUAUAGAUAUCUAAUCUGCUGACUCU